AUGACUAAGAUGGAUGAUGUCCUGAAUACCCCGGAGCUGCUCGAGCUCGUCUUAUCCAAGCUUCCCAUGAGAGACCUCCUACUGGCCCAACGCGUCUGCAAGGGCUUCAAUACCGCCAUCGCCAGCUCGCCCACCCUCCAGCAAGCCCUGUUCUUUCGCCCGCUUCCCGCAACCGCCGCCCCGCCGCCUUCGUCAGCCUCGGUGAAGCUGCUCCACUCUCCAGACGAUACCCCCACCACCGAAGCGUGGGAGCGGAACCCCCUCCUCGCCUUAGCCUUUUGGCCUUGGUUUGACCGUAGCACGCCAAGAUCAAGAUUCUCCGCGCCCUUCUGGGACCCCGAGACCUUCGAGACCUUACCGCUGGCCGCUGAGACGACACGCUUUGCCUUUCUGCGCUCUGAGGCCUCCUGGCGGCGCAUGCUAGUCACCCAGCCCCCCGUCGCCGAACUCAAUCUGAUGCUUGUAACCCAUGCCAUGGGUGGUGAUGACCUGGACUACGCGAGCAUUUCCCCGGGAAACGGCGUCAGGAUGGGUCUUCUAUACGAUGUUACCUGCCAAGAGUUGUUAGGCUCACGUUCCCGCUCCAUGCGAAGUUUCCGUGUACAGUGGCACGGCGCAGACAGGAAAAUCGUGCUGAGUGUUCGCCGCACUCUCCAUUGUUAUGUGAAGAACUACAACAACCCUCUCUGGAAUAUAUACUACAGCGGAGCCUGUGAAGGGACGAGCUUUGAGUGGCGGCGAGACAUUGAGCUAGGUACACCGGGGGCAUCCUCAGUCCCUGACGACAUCCUCCUGGCGGGAGACUACGAGGUUGAGGAUUAA